AAAAAACACUAGCUAUGCUUAAUUUUGGUGCGAGGUCAAUUUUAAACGCCCGUAGGGGUGUUUACUACAUUCCGGCUUCUGCUAGAACGGUUAGCCAUUAUGUGAAGCAUGACUGUGAGGGUCGUGGAUUUCGCAAGUUGCUAGGUCCAUUUUGGGUAUAUACGACACCUGUAUUUCUAACUAAUUUCGCCUAUAUUGGUUUUUUCUUUACUCUUUUGAUGUAUCCUUUGGACUCAAAGCUUUACAAUGUGCGCGGUGUGAAAGCUGCACUUGACGCCAAAAUAGCUUCAUGAACUAUAGAGUUAUCCAACUUUGGUUAUUUACCUGCAGU